CCGCUAUGCAUUUCAACGUGACGUUCGCCGCAUGGCUUUUAGCCAUAUUAUUCAUAAGUCAAACUAUAUGCGACGAUAAAGACGAUAAAGACGAUAAAAAGGCAGACGACAGAUCCAGCAGUGGUGGCGGAAGCGACUCACGUGCUACUAGUGGUAAUAAAAAUCCAAAUCCAAAUAAUGGUAACAUGUCGUCAGCUAUGAAUGGGAUGUCCGGAAUCCAGUUACCUAUGUCCGGCAUACAACUACCGUUCCCGUUUUUUCCGCCAUUCGGAUGUGACACGAUAUGCCAACCGAUACAAUUACAAAUAUUUCAGCAACAACCACAGCGUGAACCAGCGACCACACAACCUCCAACGACCAUGCCGCCACCAAAAACCACCACACCACAGCAUAAGCCGCAACCGACGACCACGCAAACGAUCAUAAUGUAUCCAAAUUGGUGCCAGGGCUGGUGCAAGUUUUUCUAUCAACCGCCACCGCAGCCAGUGUAUUACCAGCCAAACUGUUUACUGUUUUCGUGGAUGGGGAUGUCCAUGGGAAUGGGAUCGGAAAUGGGUUCGGGAAUGGGGUCGGGAAUGGGGUCGGGAAUGGGGUCGGGAAUGGGAUCGGGAAUGGGAUCGGGAAUGCAUACCGCGGGUUCGUGAGUCGUUCGUGGACUAGCCCGCAGUGUUCGACAAACACUGGAUUGGAAACAAUCGUCAUUGCGGUAGUGAUUCCAUCAUGUACCUAAUUGCGUGUAGUAUUUUUGUUUGUUCGUUCAUUAUUUAUACGUAUAUUAUGAUGUAUUGUAAAAACAACAAUAAUAAAAAAGAACAAUUUUAAAUUA